CCGGUUAGCAAAGUUCGGGCGGUUGCAAAGUCACGGCUCUUUAGGUUGGGGCACGCGGCGUAGCCUCGCCUCACCUCGUGAGCCGGUUCUGAACAGGGAACCAUAAAACCCCAAAACGCAUGUGGGGUGUCACGCAUCCCCGAGGCGCGAGUGCCCGGGCGGGGGAGCGCAGCGCCCCGUGUCCUCCGGCGCCCCGGGAGGGGCCAGGCUGUAGUCCGCGGGUGUCUGGUCCCGCCCCGGAGGCCUGAGGAGGGUGAGGGCUGGGCGGCCGCCGAGGCCCGAGGAGGAGGCACGCGAGCGAGCGCGGGCGCGCGGGCACGGGGCCGGGUCCCGCCGGCCGCCCAGGCGCCGCCCCCCGUCCUCCCCGCCCCGGCACGUCGGGGGGUUCCGGGCGCCGAGCCUGCAUGGAGGCGGCCUCGCCGGCGGGACCCCGCGUCCCGCAGCCGUACGCGCCGGGAGCGGCGGGCGCGCUGGGGAGCCUGCUGCGCGGGCUCAAAGGCCAGCUCUUCACCUGGAAUAUCUUGAAGACAAUUGCCCUGGGUCAGAUGUUGUCCUUGUGCAUAUGCGGGACAGCCAUCACCAGCCAGUUCCUGGCAGAAAAAUACAAAGUGAACACCCCCAUGCUCCAGAGCUUUAUCAACUACUGCCUGCUGUUUCUCUUUUAUACAGUGACGCUGGCGUUUCAGUCAGGUAGCGAUAACCUUUUAUCCAUCUUGAAGAGAAAAUGGUGGAAGUACGUCCUGCUCGGGCUAGCAGAUGUGGAAGCUAAUUACCUGAUCGUCAGAGCGUACCAGUACACCACUCUCACCAGUGUCCAGCUCUUGGACUGCUUUGGGAUCCCUGUGUUGAUGGCUCUCUCAUGGUUUAUUCUUUACGCAAGAUACAGAGCGACCCACUUCAUCGCCGUGGCUGUCUGUCUGUUGGGUGUGGGGACGAUGGUCGGUGCAGACAUCCUGGCGGGGAGGGAGGACAAUUCAGGCAGUAACGUCCUGAUUGGUGACAUCUUGGUCCUUCUAGGCGCUUCCCUCUAUGCUGUGUCUAACGUGUGUGAAGAGUACGUUGUGAAGAAGCUGAGCAGACAGGAGUUUUUAGGGAUGGUGGGCUUAUUCGGAACAGUGAUCAGCGGCAUACAGCUGUUGAUCGUGGAAUAUAAGGAUAUCGCCGGCAUUCCGUGGGACUGGAAGAUCGCUCUGCUGUUUGUGGCGUUUGCCCUCUCUAUGUUUUGCCUGUACAGCUUCAUGCCACUAGUGAUUAAAGUCACCAGUGCCACCUCUGUGAACUUGGGCAUCCUGACGGCCGACCUCUACAGUCUUUUCUUUGGACUCUUUCUGUUUGGCUAUAAGUUCUCCGGGCUCUACAUCCUGUCCUUCACCGUCAUCAUGGUGGGCUUCGUGCUGUACUGCUCCACCCCGACGCGCACGGCCGAGCCGGCGGACAGCGACGUGCCGCCAGUCACCAGCAUCGGCAUCGACAACCUGGGGCUGAAGUUGGAGGAGAACCUGCCGGAGACCCACUCCGCCGCCUUGUAGCUGGAGAGGAAGGAGCCGAGCGUGGGCACCCGAGGCUUCCUGGGAAACCGGGGGCCGUCGCUGGGAGGCGGCAGAGCCUGCUAGGGGCAGAGGGGACUCUUGGAAAAUUAUUGGGGGGGCGAGCCCUGCGACAUUGGAUUGGAGCCAGUGGUUAGAUUUUACAAAGGAAUAGAAAAUAAUGCAUCAAAACUAGAAAUCCGAAAAUAGAGCAGAAGCUGAGGUGGGUAGGAUCAUGUGUCUGUGGGUUUGGGGACCAAUGCCAGGUCGUGCCAGGGAGACAGGGUGCGCGCCAUGCUGGGGUCUUGGAGGCACCCGAGGGAAAGCCUGGUGGGGCCAAUACCCAGGCGUGAUCCAGCCUCAGGGCGCAGCCGCAAGCGGGCUGUCCUGGCGGGAGUGGGGGCAGUCCAGGCCGGUUUGGGACGGGGAGAAGCCUUCCACAGUUGGAGGCCUCUGGGUGUUUUGUCUUGCUGAGGUCAUCCUCGUCUGCAAGCCCUGUGGCCCACCAUGGGGUCUGAUGAUUGAUUGCAUAUGGCAGCAACGGGGUUGGGGUAGCCCUUGAGAAAGACUGGGAUACCAGUGUGAGCACCAUCCAGGCAGGAAAGAGGGGUGGUGCGGUAGACUUGGGGACCCUCUGUCCGUUGUUUGAAGAGGACAGUGCAUGGCUUCUCACCGAGGAUUUGUAAGGUGCCGUGAAAUUUUUACAAUACUUCUUCAAUUCACAGUGUGAAUGUGUAGCAUCUUCAUGAUUAUCCACGACCAUGCUGCCACUUUGCAAAAACUGUAAACUCUACAUAAACUUUUUUUUUAAUGUAAUAAAGAAAUUGAGGGCAACUGUUCAUGUGAUUAAAAGAUUUUGAUUUCAUGGCAA